UAGGACCAGGGGCGGACUGACCAUUUGGAAACUCGGGUACUGCCGAGGGCCCGGGGUCAGUAGGGGGCCCCAUGAGAUGCCCCUGGUACCUUUUUCAUAGGCUUUUUUUGAGUUUGGGCAAGGACACAGGGGCCCCAUGAUCCCCUAUUGCCGGGGGCCCCAUGAGUUGUCAGUCCGCCCCUGUGUAGGACCCCUGACAUCAUCAUUGAAUAUUGGCUUUGCCUCCAACAUAUUCAUAUGUAUAAGUACCAUAGGU